AAAUCAGCAGAAUAUCUCUCGACCACAGCGCACUUCUGGUACUCGCGCUCGAUAUUUUAGUUGUUUUUGUUAAUUGGUUGAUUUGGCCUGGUUUGUGCUGCAAAUCUUGAGCGGUAUACGUGUGAGAUCUAUAGUAUUCGUACUGAAUACAGGACAAUACUGCUUUGCUACUAGAAUUGUCUAGUAAACUUAGUACAAGAACACCCUGAUUCCCCCACCACCCUGGCCCAGAUGAAGUACGAUGACGCCGCCCUCUGCCGGACAUUGCUAGAAAUGCCCUCGAGGUAUAACUACCUCUAUUCCGCAGACAGCGAGCGGGCGCUGCUGCGGGCGCUUUUCUUGUCAAUUUCGGCAAACGAAAAGUACAGCUCGUACUUCUUCCCGCACGGCAUGCCGUCCAUGUCGGUGCCCUGGCGGAUGCAUUCUAGUGAUUUGGAUCCGUCGCAUAGAGGACGGCCCUGUAUGCAUCAGUUUGAGAAAGGCGAGCCUACAUACAAGUGCAAGGACUGUGCUGUCGACGAGACCUGUGUGUUGUGCUGGCAAUGUUUCAACUCUUCAGACCAUGUUGGCCACCAGGUAACCGUCUCGAUCUCCCAGAAAGACGACGGCGGAGUUUGCGACUGCGGCGACCCCGAGGCCUGGAAACGUCAGGUUACCUGCCAGUACUUCCAGUCCUACUCGCAACCCUCACAGCCACUUCCAGAAGACCUUAUCGAUUGCAUAAAAGGUACAAUUGCGCGCGUUCUCGAUUACAUCCUCGACGUCUUCUCUUGCGCCCCGCAAAGUUACCAGGACUGUAAAGACGAGACGGCUAUUGAAGCCGAUUGUCAGAGUUUCUCGCUCCUGCCAUCAGUCUACGGCGGCGACGGUGUCGACAAGCAUAACGGCCAAUACGCGCUUGUUCUUUGGAACGACGAAAAGCACGCGUUCGACGCCGUGAUUGAAACGGUGGCGCGCGCGACGAGAAGGGGGACCGAGUAUGGCAAAUUCAUCAGUACAGAGGUUGACACCAUCGGCCGAACGACUGUCAGCACGUCCAGUGACUUGAAGAGGUUGAUCGCCGUGCUGUCAAAGUUCGAGUCGAUCGCGUUAGCUGGUAGUAUACGGUCGAUGCGCGAUACCUUUCGUGAAGAUAUGUGUGGGACCAUGCUUGACUUUCUCAAAGAUAUCUCAAUGUCUAGUCUCGAGGGCCAUGAUUUUGUUCUCAGAGACGCCGUCUGCGAAGCGCUCUGUCAACCGUGGAGAGUCGGAUCUACAGCUACCAGAAUCCACCAAACGCUGUAUCCCAUCGCCGACCACCUCGAAGACAGCGACGACGAUCUGCAUAUGGUUGCCGGUGCUUUCAAUACUGCCGGCGGUGCAGUACAUGUUCCCGGGUUCGAAAGCUCAGUCCAGCAAUCGGUGAGGGCCGGCACACCUGUAGCCACGCAAGCACCAAACUACUGGACCGAGACCGCAGAGGACGAUCCGACGGUUGAGCUGGCGGCGCGCGAGGCGGCCAACAACACCGAAUGGCAAAUGAUGAACUCAAAGUACAUCCCACCCGACCAGUCGCACCGGCUCAGGCUAGACUAUCUCAUGAUCUUUGACAUGCGGUUUUGGAAGAAAGCCCGGGUGUGUAUUCGAGAUCUGCUUAUGGCCACGAUGAUAUCAAACCUCGACUACAAAAUGACGCUCGGCAUGCACUACGCCGACGCAUAUCCCGAUUUGGUCGAGCAGUUCGUCCUGGCAGAUCGAGAGCCUGAAUACAGCAUAAUGCAGCUAGCUACGCAACUAUACACAUGUCCCACGAUCGCAACCGAGGUCGCCAGGCUUUAUUUCCCCGUGUUUGCCGCAAUCAUUUACACUCUGCUCACAAAAGGAAAAGUCGGAUCGCCGUCGUCGGUUGACUUUUUGACCUGUGUGCCGGUCGAUAGAAGCACGUUGAAGAAUAGCAGGGUUUAUCACGUCUAUAGCGAGUUAGAGCAUAUCAUUUCGCGUAACUUGGUCAAGCAACGCAUAUCCUGCGACAACAACAAAGUGCGUCAGGUAGCAGAUAUCCUCCUCCUACUCGAAGGAUCGGCGCCGUUCAUCCGUCAGAUCAACGAGCACGUCGAGUAUGAGUCGACAGAAUGGAUCUCGUCCUUCCAUAUCCUGACGCCGUUGUCGAAACUCGCGAGGUUGAUUGCGAGCGGCUGCAGCGAGGGGUCGCCUGCCUCGUCGCAGCAGUCUAUCCGGUCGAUUGCUCGGAUUCUCACGGCGUGGGCGUUGGGGUAUAUGCGGGAUCGCUUCCCUAGCAAUGAAGUUGCGGAUGAGCCUAAAUUUGACUGGUGCGGGUGCGACGAUUUUAGUACGGAAGCAUACAACAUCGUCAGAUUCCCGGUUGAGUUUUACAUUCUGAGCAUGCACCACCCACUACACUCGUUCCUGACUUGGUUCAUCGAGUUUGGCCACGCGGAGAGCCCAGAGAAACUAAAGUCGCUCAUGAGUUUUGCGCUGCUGGAUCCGCCGAUGCCCGGACGCGCGGUUGAUUACGAACCGGAAGAGAUGCUCCGGCUUAUGCUUGACUAUCCCCUGCGCACUCUGGUCGUUGUGGCGCAGAUCAGAGCAGGGCUUUGGGUGCGGAACGGAUAUACUCUGCGUACGCAUGAACUUCAUUAUCGCGAUACUACCAUGCGCGAGAACGGUUACGCACGGGAUAUAUUUGGUGUGCAAACGCUGAUGACUACGUGUGAACCAUCGGCCGUCAUGCUGACGAUUAUCGACCGCUGGAGUCUCAUGGGGUGGCUUAAAGGGUCUGUUUCCCACAACGUGUUUGACGAAGUAAAGCACCUAGCGGUCAUGGAAGAGUUUCUGCACGGCAUGAUUGUCCUUCUUUGUGAACGCAAGCGGUUGAUCGGUCUUCGAGGUCUGGAGCUCAACGCGGCGCUGAUCCGCCGUGAGAUUGUGCAGGCGCUAUGUAUCGAGCCCAUGCCGUUUUCCGAUCUGGUGAAGAAAGUCCCCGAGUACUUGACUGCCGAUGAGCAAUUCGAAAAUAUCCUCCGCGAGACAGCUAUUCAUAAAGCUCCCGAGGGCGUGAACGACGUCGGCCUUUACGAGCUCAAGGAUGAGUACUUUGACCAAGUGGACCCGUAUUUCUUCCAUUAUACAGCUACGCAGUGGGACGAAGCCGAGACGGCGAUUAAGAAGGUGAUGCACAAGAAGAGUAAGGUCCCCGUUGAUCAGAUUGUGGUUGAACCGCGUCUGGUACCGAUCACGUCGGGUCCGUUCACUCGCUUGGGCUGGAUCGUGGGUACUCCGGAGUUUGCCCAGAUGAUUUACGUCACGUUGGGUAACGUGGCUUUCAAGAGACUGUCGCAUGCGCCGUCGCUCGCAGAGUCGUUGCUCACGCUCACGCUUUAUCUUUGCCAUGUCGCUGUGCUCGAGGAUCAGAUUGCGGCGCCGGACCCCGCGCGAUCACUGCGGACGUUUAGCUACAAUGCGUGCGAGCUUGUGACCAAGGAUUUGGCGCCGGUUGAUGGGAUCUGCCAGACGAUUUUGGAAAUACUGUUUUACAUCAAGAAGGCCAAGUCUGAGUUUGGCCAGAGCUCGCUUGUGGCCGAGAGGAUUAUCCAGAUUAUCAAGACGAACGAACCUAGCGCGUACCGGCAGAGUUUAGAGUCCUUCACCGAGUCUGUUGAGCCUGGCGAGCCCAACGAUGUUGAGAUGAACGAAGCCGGCGAGGACGAAGAAACCGAGGCUGAGAAGAAGAAGAGGUUGGCAAAGGAGCGGCAGGCGAAGAUUCUGGCUGAAUUCAAGCAGAAGCAGCAGAGCUUUGCGGAUCAGAAUAAGGACGAUAUCGAAGAGGAGGAAGAUGCUAGCGAUGAUGAUAUGAUGGAAGAUGGCAAUGGCGAGUCGUGGAAGUUUCCCUCGGGAGGAUGCAUUCUGUGCCGGAAACCGACGAACGAUAGUCAGCUGUAUGGUACGAUUGGCUUGUUUACAGAGUCGAAUGUGUUUCGUCAGAUGCCGUUUGAUUCAAACGAGAUGAUGGUCGACGGUUUGAAUGCAGAUGAAGCCGAGCUUGACCGUCCGAGUUUAACGCCUGCGGCAUCGUUCCCGCCUCAGAGUAAAGAUCCAAAGUCUGACAACUCGAUCGGGAAAGGAUUUCCGAACGAGUCGGUGAUAAUGGAGCCGGUUGUUGUUAGCUGUGGACAUAUCAUUCAUCUGACGUGUCUGCAGGAUUACAAGGAUGAGAUUCAAACUCGUCAUCGCGGGCAGAUCACGCGGAAUCCUCCGGAGGACACCAGCAUGAAUGAGUUUCUAUGCCCGCUCUGCAAAUCUCUAAACAACGCUUUCUUCCCUCUGCUGUACAAGAAUCUGGAUCAGUCGCUCACAAAGGAACUGAGCGACGGCGCCGAGUUUUCGGAAUGGUUCGCGGGCGACGUGUGGAAGACAAUCACGAAUAUGAAGGUAUGCAGCGAAGGCGGGCGUGCGGGCGCUGCACCAUUGAGCGAUAUGGUUGUCCGAAACAUCCGCGCGUCGGCGCUGCACAACAUGUCGCAGGUGCACUACCAGAAAGCGAUGAUCCCGCCUGGCCCUCAUUUUCCGGGUGCGUUCAUGUCGAUCGAGGACCGCAGGGGUAUGAGUCGUGAGCUCGAGACGCUGGCGAAGAUUAAUUCGGACAACGCCAAAGUUCUUGACCGAUUCCCGCGGGUCUGUGGCGGAUUGGAGGUGAUCCGAGAGAGGUCGCUGCUGCAGCGGCUGUUGAAUACGUACUCUGCUACCAUCUCGUCGGCAGAGAUCUAUCUCCGCGGCGCGAAUGGCGCUGGAAGUGGAUUGGACGUCGGCGCGUGUAUACUCGAUCAAGUUCCUCAGCGCACGAUGACGCUACUGCGAACGCUGCGCGCCUACGCGCUUCAAGUAGCCUCGUUCAGUAUCCAGGAAGACAAGUCAUUCCACGAGGUCAGAGCGGCGUAUAGCAUGGCGCUCAACCAGCAGAUUGGAAAGCUGUUUUUCGGACAAGAGUGCAUGUACGACAAGAACUCGGUGUCGAGUCCAGAUAUUGUCUAUCCGUUGCUGAUGGAGGACAUUUUUGGAUUCUUGGCGGAUUCUUCAAUCAUAAUGAUCCCUGCGAUGGGGGGAGCGGAUUUGCAUAAUAUCAUGACGCUAUGCUACAUCGCGCAGGUCGUCAAGGUCAUUUAUCACCUCGGCGAUCAGAUCUACAGAGAUCGGGAGUGGAUUCAUUUACCCGAGAUCCAGGCUCUGGGAUCGGAGGAGAGACUUCCGCAGUCUACGUUGAAGAAUAUGAAUAUUUUCCUGUGUUUUGUGCUGGCGAACUGCGGCGACGACCCCGAGAACCUCCGAGGAAGCCCGUUCGUGGUCUUCCCCGGCGCCGCGAUCUACACGAUGAUCAACCGAUUCACGCUUCCGUUCCUGCGCAAGGCCGCGCUGCUGGCCUAUACCAGUUCGCCGAUGGAGUACAACGGCGACGCGCUGCUCGACAUCGACGGCGACGAGACGGCAAGAUUGCUAAGCUUGCUCAAGCUGCCUACGAUCGACGAGAUUUUUGCGUCGCUGAACCGCUGCGAUCUCGAGCAGAACGUGCGCGUGAAGGAUGUGAUUACGCGCUGGUGCCGGCACUUGGAGCUGACUAACCGACGUCCGCAGUCGCUGCAGUCUGUGCGCAUGACGCUUGAGUAUCCGGGAAUACUGCGGCUGCUGAGACUUCCGCUGAGCUUGCAUGCGUUCUUCCAGGAGAUUGGUCGGAUGAAGUGCAAGAACUGCGGGAAUAGUCCUGGAGAGCCUGCGGUGUGUCUGUUUUGUGGCGAGUUGGUGUGUUGUCAGGAGUAUUGCUGUCGGUCGAAGGAGUGCGGCGAGUGUAAUCAGCAUAUGGAAAAAUGCGCAAAGUACUUUGGCGUGUUUUUACUGAUCAAAAAGUCCUCGAUCUUGUACCUGCGCCGAAAUCAAGGCAUGUUUGCACCGGCGCCAUAUCUCGAUGUCCACGGCGAAGUCGACCAGUAUCUAAAACGCGGCCGUCCACUCUUCCUAUCGCAGAAGAGAUACGACCAUUUAAUCAGAAACGUAUGGCUGCAGAACGGGUUCGCGUCGCAGAUUGCGCGCAGGAUCGAGGCUGGAGUCGAUGUUGGUGGAUGGCAGAGUAUGUGAGGUGUUGUGUUGUUCCUUUCUGUUCUACAAUUUGUCUGCUUUGUUUUGUCAUUGAUCAUGAGGGCGUUUGUCGAUUCUACUCUACUCUAUAUACAGAUCUCUAGUUACUACUGAGAAUAUACGAUUACUAAUCUAAAUGAG